AUGUCGCGGGAUACAACCGAGCUACCUAUUUUGGAAAUCAAAAAAAAAACAAUACUAUACGACAAAGGGCGUCGGGAUUUCAAAGACACAACGAAGAAAAAGGAUGUGUGGAAAGAAAUAGCCAAACGAGUUGGAUUAAAUGAAAAGGAGGCAGAGACGCACUGGAAGAAUGUAAAGGAUGGCUUGGCUGAAUCUCGUAGGAAAUCGAAGACCAAAAGUGGUUAUGGAGCCAAAAACGUCAAAAUGUACAAGUAUGCGAAAAUCAUGGAUUUUUUAGUCCAUUUCAAGGCGAUCGACAAUUCCGAUGCAGAAACUCAGCCUCCGGAGGAAGAAGAGGUUGAUUUCGAUCUCAACCACGACACAAGGGAUGAUGAUGACGACAACAGUGAGCCAGAAUCACCAUCGCCACCACCACCACGAGACGCUCAACCAGGCACGAGUACGCCAGCCACUAGUGUUUCCAAACAAAGCCAAAAAACAAAAUGCGAAAGAAAACGCUGUCGUGAUGAGGUAGACAAGACCCUUUGUGAGUACUUAAAAAACAAGUCAAGUGCUAGAGUAAAAAUGACUACUCCAGAGAAAAUGCAACAAAAACCUUUCGAUGACUUGGAUUUGUUCAUGCAGUCGAUGGCUGGUACAAUACGAAAGUUGCCAGGCCGUCAGUGUUCUGAAGUGUAA